UUCAGUGUGUUGAUGUUUUCUCUGUGUUAAGGAAGGAGACAGUUACCCGCCUUAACUACCCAACUACCCAACUACCACAAGACUGGGGGAGUUAUAAGAGUCAUGUGAUGCACUUCAUUACUCUACCAGACCGUCUUGUAUUAGUGUCUGGCAGCAACGCUCUGAGGAAUAUAACAGCUUUGCCAGAGACUUGAACAAUGCUGUAUACUAAUAUGGAAGGUCGGACAGAAACGAUGAUGAAUCUUCGAGUUGGGCAGACAGGCGUUGGCAGGGUUGCCGCCGGGGAUGAUGGGGUCGUGGUCAGUGGGGAGACCUCCAUCGGGGGUCCUCCCUCCCCGACGGGUCUACGCUACACCUCGGACAAACACCCCAAGCUGGCCCUGGCGAACAUCAACAUGCUGCAGAAAAGACGAGAAUUGUGUGAUGUUGUACUCAUAGUUGGAGGCCGCAAGAUAUUUGCUCACAGAGUGAUCUUAUCUGCAUGCAGCCCAUAUUUCCAUGCAAUGUUUACAUCUGAGCUUCUUGAGGCAAGACAGACUGAGGUGCCCAUUCGUGAUAUUGAUGAGCAUGCAGUAGACUUGCUGGUCAAUUUCUGUUACACUUCAGAAAUCACCAUAGAAGAGUCCAAUGUACAAACACUACUUCCUGCAGCGUGUUUACUGCAGAUGCAAGAGAUACAAGAUGUAUGUUGUGAGUUCCUCAAGCAACAGUUGCAUCCCUCUAACUGCCUUGGGAUCCGUGCAUUCGCUGACACCCACUCCUGCAGGGACCUCCUCCGGAUAGCUGAUAAGUUCACCCAACAUAACUUCCAAGAGGUAAUGGAAAGUGAAGAAUUUAUGGAAUUACCUGUGAAUCAGUUAAUGGAUAUUAUCUCAAGUGAUGAGCUCAAUGUCCGGUCAGAGGAGCAAGUGUUCAGUGCUGUCAUGGCCUGGGUGAAAUAUAAUGUCACAGAGAGAAGACCUUAUCUUGCACAGGUUUUGGAACAUGUUCGACUACCACUGCUCAGUCCAAAGUUCCUAGUGGGCACCGUUGGCUCUGAUCUUCUCAUAAAGAGUGACGAGGCUUGUCGUGAUCUGGUUGAUGAAGCAAAAAAUUAUCUCCUGUUGCCUCAAGAGCGGCCCCUCAUGCAGGGUCCUCGCACCAGGCCAAGAAAGCCAAUUAAAACCGGGGAGGUCCUUUUUGCAGUCGGCGGAUGGUGUAGUGGAGAUGCCAUAGCCUCUGUUGAGAGGUUCGAGCCCACAACCUGUGAGUGGCGCAUGGUAGCACCCAUGAGUAAGAGGCGCUGUGGGGUGGGUGUGGCUGUGUUGUCCGACCUGCUCUACGCUGUGGGGGGACAUGAUGGACAGUCUUACCUUAAUAGUGUUGAGAGGUACGACCCACAAACUAACCAGUGGCUGUGUGAGGUGGCCCCAACAAGCACCUGCCGUACCAGCGUGGGUGUGGCGGUGUUGGACGGGUAUCUGUAUGCUGUUGGCGGACAAGAUGGUGUGUCUUGUCUUAAUGUGGUGGAAAGGUAUGACCCCCAGAGUAACCGGUGGACAAAGGUUGCAUCCAUGAACACAAGACGAUUAGGAGUGGCUGUCGCUGUUCUUGGUGGAUUUCUGUAUGCUGUAGGGGGAUCAGAUGGCCAGAGUCCUCUUAACACAGUCGAGCGCUACGACCCAAAGAUGAACAAGUGGGCGAUGAUGCCGGCAAUGAGUACUCGUCGGAAACACCUAGGCUGCGCAGUGUACAACAAUAUGAUCUAUGCCGUUGGUGGGAGGGACGACUGUACCGAACUGUCCAGUGCCGAGCGUUAUAACCCCCACACCAACCAGUGGAGUCCUAUUGUUGCGAUGACAUCAAGACGAAGUGGAGUUGGCUUAGCGGUAGUCAAUGGAAUGCUGUACGCUGUCGGUGGUUUUGACGGAACGACCUACCUCAAAACCAUCGAGGUGUACGACCCAGAUCAGAACCACUGGCGGUUGUGUGGCUCCAUGAACUACCGUCGCUUGGGCGGUGGCGUAGGCGUCGUCAAGCUUCCACACAACGAGGCCCAUCUCUGGUGAUUAAACGAAGGGCUAGAAUUCUGGCUUGGGGUAACUGUCAGUGGAAAAUUAGGUAUUGGAAAUAGUGGACUUUAAGGUAUCAGAGUUAUUGGAAAGGAGUACAAUACAGUAGUGUGUUUCAGAUGUUGUUACUGUAAUCAUGUUAAUAAGUGUAUAUUUAAUAUGGUAAUUAACCUAUAAUGCAUCAUAACCUAUCAAAUAAUAAUAAGAAACUGACUAAGCAACUUUUGUGUGUGUAUACAUAGUUAAUACUAUAUAAGAAGUAUUAUACACGUGAAAGUUGUUUCGAUAUUACUGUAGGCGAGUAUUAACUACAAGUCGGUGAUGCAAAAAACAAACAAAAACACAAGGUUCGAGUUGUGUGUGUGUAGAUUAUGAUGGUUGAGUUCAGGAAAGGAAGAGUAAGAUUAGUAAAAACAACUAAAUUUCUCUGAUAACCAGGAAGAUCGACAGACUCCCAGAUUUUAUGCUAGAAUUCUGCCUGUUCAUAUCACAGACUAACAAACAUAUGACGAAAACAAUAAUUAGUAUAAUGUGGACCAGAAAUCGUGGACCAUGGAGCAUCGUCCACGGCCAAAUCCUUAUAACUCACCCUAAGAUCACAACAAAGAUUAUAUUUUAAGUUAUCCAAAUGUCUGGUGUUGUGAGCUUGGAUGUAUCGUACAAGCACUCAGCGUUAUGUGAGGGAUUUAUGAUAGAUGACCAUUACAAGUCAGUGAUUAUAUUGUAACAUGACCUGAAUAUCGAGGGCUGUAUUGAUUUAAUUUCAAGUUCAUGAUUUGAGCUCAAUAACAGCCAAUAAUAUGGCUUUAUUUGAAAAUUUAUUUUAUUAUAAUGAAAUUUUAUUUAAUUUUUAUACAGUAAGGCCCUUCCAUCCUUUCAUUUAAAUCAAUAUUUUUUCUACUUAUUUUAUAGUUUUCAUCUAGUUAAGGAAGUAAAGGAUAAAUAAAACUCAUCAAUUGUACCGUUGUCCCUCUUAAGAGUUUUCCAUUGUCUUGGGGAUGAAUGUGCCAAUCUUUCCUAUUGAGUGAGAGUAGAGACCAGUUGCAACCUUAUUUCAUCAUAAAUUGAAAAACAAAAAUUAACAAAAGCAUUUCUUCCCAUUUAUGAAAACCUGUGGAAGUUGUCAGGUGAUUUUCUCGAGUAUUAAUGCUGGGUGGACGGUAUGGUUGUGACGAGAGUGCUGAAGGGGCGGAGCUGACCUUUUUGUGGGUGAUAGUUGAUCUCUGCCGUAUAUUCCUUGGGUUUUUGUUCAUGUGUCUCUAUACUGUUGGCCCACUAGUAUACAGCAGGGUGGCUUAUGUGGAACCUGUGCCAUAGUCAUUGUAGAUUUUUAGUUAUCUGUGAUGGGACACUGCCUUCCUUCACACAUUCAUAAUUAACACCUUUAUUAUUAUUAUUAUUAUUAUUAUUAUUAUUAUUAUUAUUAUUAUUAUUAUUUGUGUUUCUCCUGCCACAUUACCAUUAGUACUUCCAGUUCAUUUUAUUUUUCAUUACUUCUUUCUUCAUUUUAUUGCCUUUGGUGAAAUAUAAACUAAGUCUUGUAAAGUUGCACUUGCUGUCACUGUCCUUUUCUCAUAUGUCACUGAAAAGAAAAUCCACGCUGGCUUAUUUUAUACGCACGUUAAUGGGGGAUUUCCUGUCUUAGAAAUAAUGGAUUAUUCUAUUAUUUGUAUCUCUGUCUUUUCCUCCCCUUCAACACCCCGCACCUACUGCCCCAGAACUAUUUUUCCUCGCACAAACGGCCAUCAGACAGUUCAACAUCCUCGUUUCACUAAGAGGCAGUCAAUUAAAAGAUCGAUUUAUUCUGAAUGGUUUAUUUUAUCUCGGUAUUGAAUAAGAAUCUCAGACGCAGUAGUUUUAUUAUUAGUAUCUCCUGUGUUGUUGGUUACAUAUACAUACAUCUCCAUCAUAGCUGCCGGGCGUAUAUAUGCUUGCUUUCAUUUCUUCCAUUUCUUUUUUUUUUUUUAAUUUAGGUUUUAGUUGUACUGUUUGUCACAAUUGUUGAUGUGAUUUUUAACAUUUAAAGCAUCUUUUAAUUGUUUUCCAUCUUUUAUUUGUGUUUUGCUACAGUAUAUUUUUAAGUACUCUUUAUAACUGUCAUCCCUUCUCUGUGUAGGUUAUGAGGUGUUUCUUUGUGUGUAAGUUCAUUUUCAUACCUUGUCUGGGCUUCAUCCAUCCCCACGGUCCUUUCUUAAUAACUAUUGCUAAUAUAUUCUCCAGGUCCAUAAACAUCACAAACUCUAGUUUCUGCUUUUCAGUAAAUUUUAGAGGAUGAGAUAUUCACAGGGCUGUGUUCAUUUAUAAUUCCCCCAUACUAGAAUGUUACUUUUUCUGUUUCAUUUACCCUCUGUGUAUCCACCCUGCUGUAUAUAUAUAUCUCCAAUAUUUACUUCUGUUUGUGAUGGAAGCUUCACUCUUUUACUCCUUUAACUAGCACCCAUCCAGUUCCUUGGAGAGUCAAACUCAUGAAUCUGAAGCAUUUAAGGACAGAAUAAUGAAUCGGUCUCCUGCUUCGGGUUCAUGAGUAUGAAUCUUGGGGUUGGUGGUUCAGGAGGAGAGGCAAUCGGACUUUUGUAUUUGACUGUACAUUAUCUUCCUCUCAUCCUCAAACUACUGUACCUGUACUUCAGAAUCAUCUCAUUCCUUUCAGUCAUUAGGUUCAUCACUUCCAAAAGGUAUUUACUCUACUCAAGUCACCUGAAGGUCUGAGUGAGGAGCAGAUACCGUUAAAUACCUUUCUGAGUAAGACGAUACAAACACUAGACCUUAAUGUUGGUGAGCUGAACAUGCUACUUAUGUUCAAUACAUUUUUACACACUGGACUAUAGUGGCUGAACACUGACCCGACACUUACCCAACACAUAAGUAUGAUUACAUCCCCAAACAUUAACCACUUUUUAUCGUAGAAGAACAGAUAGUUUUAAUUAUGGAAUAUGAGAAUGAAGUUGUGAAUUUGAUUUUGGGGGGGACUUUACAAUAUAUGGAUAAUGAUACAAUGUUUUCUCUGAGAUACAGCAGAGAGGUGGGAGAAGUUCAGAAGGAUUUGUUACUAGUAUGGUACAGUACCUCAUUUAUUUCUUAGUAAUAUUGCUAUCCCUAUUACACCAAUUUACUGAAUGUAUGAUAUAUAUUUACAAGGGUUCCAUCAUAUACUGUAUAUCCCUCCAGGUAAAUCACUUUUCAGGGUUCCUCUGAUGUAGUUAAUAUGUCUUUUGAGUUACCAUUUAUACCAGAGGAGUUGUCUUGUUUGCAUCAUCCUCGUGCUUAUAGGGGAUUAUCAGACAGAUAUUUACUCUUAUGUUCCAAGUAAUUGCAACUAAAAAUAUAAACUACGGUACAGUAUAUGUAUGGGUAUAUAAAUUUCAUAUUGUUCCCAUUAAACCUAUUAAAGAUACUGAAAAAUGACUCUACAGACCAUUGAUGUAUUUAAUAACUACUGUCGGAGUUACUGAACUGAAAUUCCAUAUUAAAAAUUAUGAUAAUCUUUAACAGGAUCUAAGUAGUAUUAAAGUAACAACACAGUUAUUGAUGAUAUAUGUUUAUGAAUACUUACCUGGUGUGAAGUAACAUAAAGGGCAAGUAAUUCAGAAGAGAUCUUGUACAAUGUUUUAAAGGGGAAGACUCAGGAGGAUUUUUUUAAUUAUGUUCAGAUGAUAUGCUUCUCUGGUCACAACAAAAUAUUCUGAAGCUUUACUCGGAGGUGCACAAAACGUUGGCCACAUCUUGGAUUUUACUCUCAUUAAAAUAAGCUCUUGGUUGGGUGAUAAACAUGUUAUAAUGAGGUGUACAAUGUGUAGGGUUAAUUAAACAUGAUAGUACUGCA